GAGAAGUGCUGGUGUAUUUUUAUUGUUCUUGUUAUUAGUGUGUUGUUAGUGCAAAAUUUCUAUUAUUUUUUUUAAUUUUGUGUUCACAUUUUCGAUUAAUUUUGUAAAUAAAAUUAAAAAAAGUUAAAUAAAAGAUGAUUAUACCGUUAAGAUUAAUAAAUAGAACAACAAAUAAUAUCAUAAAUAAUCGAAAUGUUUUAAAAACUCGACAAUUUGUACCUGUUUAUACGAAAUUCUAUGCGACAAAAGUUUCAGAAGACAGUGAAUCUAUAACAAUUGGUGAUGUAACAAAAAGUAUAAAAUUACCAAAAAACCCGGAACUAGUGCCACAAAAAUAUGUGCAAUAUGCUGAAGAUGGUUCUAUGGAGUUGACUCAAUCUGCUUUGCAUCAUUUGCGUUGGAUGCUGCAGAAAGAUACUUUAAAACAAGACAUGUUUCUUUUGGGUCAGCCUGGUCCCUUGAGAAGACAAUUGGCCAUGCAAUUUUUAGAAUUAACUCAGCGGGAGCUGGAAUAUAUUGCCUUGAGUCGUGAUACCACCGAAAGUGAUUUAAAACAGAGACGUGAGAUUAAAAAUAAGGCUGCUGUUUACUAUGAUCAAUGUGCUGUUAGUGCUGCUGUGAAUGGUCGUGUUUUGGUUUUAGAUGGUGUAGAACAUGCUGAACGUAAUGUUUUGCCCAUUUUGAAUAAUUUGCUAGAGAAUCGUGAAAUGCAUUUGGAAAAUGGUAAAUUUCUAAUGGCUCCCGAACGUUAUGAUAAGUUAUUAGAGACUUAUUCAAAAGAAGAAUUGGAGUCUUGGGGUCUUUUACGUGUCUCUGAAGAUUUCCGUGUUGUGGCUUUGGGUUGUCCCACUCAUAAGUAUAAGGGCACUCCAUUGGAUCCUCCACUCAGAUCACGUUUUCAAUCGCGUAAUGUUUCACAUUUUUCGUUUGAGGAAAUGCUUGUGGACCUAAGCUCUCGUGCUCCCCAUGUACCUGUGGAAAACUUAAAAAGUCUUUUAUCUUUUGGAUUGGCUGUGCAGUCGGCAGAUCCUUCCGCUAAUCUACCAGAUUUUCCCUUAGAUAAUCUGCAUUCAGUAGCUAAAAUGAUGAAUGUCAAUCCUAAUUUAUCUCUACAUGAUGCCUUAAUACGCCUGUAUCCCUACCAAACUUUGCUGAAAAAAGAACAACAAACACGCAUAGCAAAUCUGCUAAAAUCCUUUAACAUUUCCACUGUACCCUCAAAAGCCGUUAAAAAGAUUUCUAGCCAAAAAGUGAAUAAAGAUUCCGCCAACAAUUUAGUAGAAUUUAAACUUGAUGAUGUAACAGUAACGAUACCCGGCGGUCAUCAUGUUACGGUGAAUCAAAAACAAAAAGAAUUUGUUGAUCUUGAUCAUCAACGUAAUGUUUUGGCACAAAUGAUACAAGCCGUUAGUGUGGGUGAUGUUUGCCUGAUGGGUCAGAAAGGUGUGGGUAAAUAUACUUUAACCCAACAUCUUAUGCAACUAUUGCAGCAGUCGUUGGAACCCAUGGUGUUAUUUGAGGAUAUGACAUCUAGGGAUUUGGUUCAACAACGUAUUACCACCGUUGAGGGUGAUACUGUGUGGUGAGAUUCUCCUUUGGUGAGAGCUGCUAAAAAUGGUUCAGUUGCUUUACUGAAUGGUAUACACCGUUUGCAUAAAAGUACUGUGACGGUUCUACAGCGUCUUAUACAUGAUCGUGAAUUGCAAUUGUGUGAUGGCACUACUCUGUUGAGUGGAGAACGUUAUGAGGCUUUAUUGCAGCAGGGUUUUACCAAACUACAAUUGGCGGAAAAGGGUAUUUUAAAGAUUCAUGAUAGUUUUAGAAUUAUUGCUCUGGCAGAGCCCCCAAAUCCCAAUACAACCGCUCAGAAUUGGUUGACUCCUGAAAUGUUGAGUCUUUUCUUGUACUUGGAGGUUAGACCUUUACAGCAAUCGGAGGAAUUUGAGAUUAUGAAGAAACUUUAUGGUAAUAUUGAUGAUAGUAUCCAUAAAGUAAUACAAUUGUCUCAUAUUUUAAGAGACUCUUCGGAUACCGCGUUACAAAAUUUGUCGGGUACAUUGUCCACCAGACAGCUAUUGAAAAUUGCCCGCCGCAUGUCUUCUUAUCCCACUGAUGUUUAUGAAAUUAUACAAAACACUUUCUUAACAAAGUUUAUGCCCGCUCUACCCAGAGCUGCUUUGGAAAAUGCCAUACGUCAGGCUGGUAUAGAACCAGAAACAGGCAAACAAACCGGACGUAGAAAGAUUUCAGUGGAAAAUAAUAUUUUGAAAAUUGGCAACACCGAAAUGAAAUUGGUGGAUGCUAGUGAAGAGUCCAAAGUGCCCAGUACUUUGUUCUAUGAAAUGCCCCAACAUGUGGCCUUACUCGAACGUCUUUUGCAAGAUUUCCUCAUAGGCGAUCAUUUGUUGUUGGUGGGUAAUCAGGGAGUGGGUAAAAAUAAACUUAUUGACAAAUUGCUGCAAUUGAUGAAUAAGCCUCGUGAGUAUUUACAACUGCAUAGAGACACCACAGUACAUAGCUUGACGGUGCAGUCUACUUUGCGCGACGGCCAGGUGGUCUAUGAAGACAGUCCUUUAGUAAAGGCUGUUAAAACUGGUCAUAUCUUGGUUAUCGAUGAGGCUGACAAGGCUCCCGUUAAUGUCACCUGUAUUUUGAGGACCUUGGUGGAAAGUGGUGAAAUGAUGCUGUCUGAUGGUCGUAAAAUUGUAGCGCCUGGAGACAAGGAAUCAGCUCUGGAGGAAAAUCCUGCGCAGGAGAUUAUAGAAACCCACCCCAACUUCCGUGUUAUAGUAUUGGCUAAUCGUCCUGGUUUCCCUUUCUUGGGUAAUGAUUUCUUUGCCUCCUUGGGAGAUGUUUUCAGUUGUCAUGCCGUCGAUAAUCCGUCACCUGAUUCUGAAAUCUUUUUAUUACAACAAUAUGGUCCUUCGGUGCCUAAGAAAACAUUGGCCACUUUGGUUAAUGCCUUUGGAGAGUUGAGACAAAUGGCUGAUGAAGGUUUAUUAAACUAUCCCUACUCUACUAGAGAAGUAGUGAAUAUUGUAAAACAUUUGGAAAAAUAUCCCAAUGAAAACAUGUCUGAAUUGGUGGGUAAUGUUUUGGAUUUCGAUAAAUACCAACCCGAAGCUUUAGAACAAGUAACCGGGGUGUUGGCUAAACAUGGUCUACCCAUAGAAGCCUAUGCACGCAAUGAAUUGUACGCUUUGCGCAAAAAGAAGGAAAUACAAUUGACUGUCAAUCGCAAAAGUGGUUUGGGUGUUUCGGGGCCAAAAUACGGCAAAGUAGAUCCUAAAAAUGAGCCGCAUGUAGGUGGCAAUACUUGGGCUGGUGGUAGUGGUGGUCGUGAUACUGCUGGUUUGGGUGGUAAAGGUGGUCCCUUUCGUUUAGAUGCUGGCCAUAAGGUGCAUCAACUUUCGGAUGAAGAAAAAGACGAUAUACCGGAGGAAGUGAAAAAAGCUGCACGCGAAAUGAAUCGUAAAGCAUUUGAGGAAAAAUUAAAAGAAAUAAAAAUGUCGGCUCACGAUCAUUCUCUUUACGCCCAGUUUAGUGAACCCAUACGCAAACAAGUGCAACAAUUAAAGGCUGUUUUAGAUGCCAUGCAAACAAAGAGCAAGGAACGGCAGUGGCAAAAGUAUCAAACUCAUGGUGAACUAGAUGAUACCCGCUUAAUUGAAGGUAUAACCGGAGAGAAAAACAUUUAUCGACGUCGAGCAGAUGCCAAUCCCUGGGCUGAUCAUAUACAAGAAAAACCAAAUCGUCUUAAAUUGGUGGUAGAUGUUUCUGGUUCCAUGUAUCGUUUCAAUGGCUAUGAUGGACGUUUAGAUCGUGAAUUGGAGGCUGUGGUCAUGGUAAUGGAAGCCUUUGAGGGUUAUGAAAAGAAAAUCGUUUACGAUAUUGUCGGUCACAGUGGUGAGGGCUAUGAAAUACCCUUUAUCAAUGCCGGCAGUCCACCACGCACCGAUAAAGAACGUUUCGAAACAAUACGCAUGAUGCAUGCUCAUUCACAAUUCUGCUGGUCAGGUGAUAGUACUGUAAAGGCUACCAAAGAAGCGGUUAAUACUUUAGCCGAAGAAGAUUAUGAUAAUUCCAUUGUGGUGGUGUUGAGUGAUGCGAAUCUAUCGAGAUAUGGUAUUGAUCCCAAAGAUUUUGCCAAGGCUUUAAUGAAUGGUGAACCUAAGGUCAAGGGUCAUGUUAUUUUUAUAGGCAGUUUAGAGGAGGAGGCUGAUGUCAUAAAUUCCCAAAUGCCUGCCGGUCACAGUUACGUUUGCAUGGAUGUCUCAACUUUACCCCAAAUCCUUAAACAAAUCUUUACCUCUUCAUUAUUGUGAUAGAAGAAAUAUAUUAGUUUAAGUUUAAUACAUAUUUGUGUUUUAGCUCUAAAUAGCAAAAUUUAUCAAAACAAUUAUUUAAAAAAAACUGUAUAGAAAUGUUGUUGUGUACAGUGUGUUAAUAAUCUAAUAUAAUUGUUAAAGCCAGAUAGAAAAUGCAUUUAUAUUUAUUUGUUUUAUUAAACAGCAAUAAAAAAAUAACAUUUGAUAUAACACGUA